ACCCGCCUAGCUCAACCCGAUCGAACGUCAUGACUCGAUCCAAGGUGGAACUCCACGCUCACUUGAACGGAUCACUCCAUCCGGCCCGCCUCUGGGCCUUGAAGGCCCACCAUGAGCGGCGAUUUCCCCACGAACCGUUGCCCGUUUUUCCGGCCUGGUUCACCCCGCCCAUUUCGGAGCUGCAAAGGCGGAGUCUGACUUUUGAUGACGUGUUUCCGUUGUUUGGGGUGGUCCAGGCCUUGACCGAUCAUCCCGAGGCCGUAGCGCAAGCCGUAGAGGCCGUGAUCGACGAUUUUGCCGCCGAUGGCGUCCGCUAUCUCGAAUUGAGAAGCACCCCACGAGCGGUGCCGGAUCGAAUGACCAAACUGCAGUACAUGCGAACCAUUUUGGAAACCAUGGAAACGCGUAAUGCCCGAGGGCAGAUCUUGAGCAAAUAUCUGGUAAGCUGGGAUCGGCGCCAAAGCUUGGCCACAGCCGAGGAGACUCUGGCCUUAGCUCUGGAUCUCCGAGCCGAGUUUCCAACACUUUAGUGGGCGUGGAUUUAUCGGGCGAUCCCAGAUCGGGCGAUGCUCGUUCAUUCAUACCCCUUCUCGAAAAGGCUCGUCAUCAUGGGCUCAAACUGGCUAUUCACCUCGCCGAAGUCCCCAACGAAACGGAAACCUGGUCGAUCCUCACCGAGCUCAAACCGGAUCGAAUCGGCCACGGUACGGCCAUACAUCCGAGUCUAGGCGGAUCGUCCCGCCUCUGGCCAGCUUUACUGACGGCCCGCAUCCCCGUUGAAGUGUGCUUGACCUCGAACCUGUUUUGUCAGUCGGUCCCCACUCUCGAACAACACCACGUGGUCCAUUUGAAGGCCGCCCAUCAUCCAUUCGUCAUUUGCACAGAUGAUCAGGGCAUCUUCUUUAGCCCCCUCUCCCAAGAGUAUGCCUUAGUUCAAGGCCUACUAGGGUCGUCGAAUGAGGCCAUGGACCAAUUAGCCUUGGAAGCCAUUGAUUAUACCUUUGCCUCUGAUUCGGAGAAAGACACGUUACGGCGGGCCUUUCAGUUGCCAUGAAUAACCCUGUGAUCCAUCUU